CUCACUGCCCCGCCCCCAGCUCAGCCUACGCCAAUCGGAGAAAGCUGCCGGGGGCGGAGACCGACGCCAGCCUCUGCGCUUUGCGGCACUGUGUGACGUCACGUGGGACGUGGCCUCGGAGGGUUGCGAAGGGCGGGACCAAGGCCGAGAGCCCGACAGUUACGCCACUCACACUUGGGGAAGAGUUAACGGGACAGCGGUGCAAGCCAAUCGCAACCAGUCCUCUAGAGGAAGGGAGACCGGGGUGGAGACUACGGAGACUGCAGUUGCAGGUAUCACAGCAGUCCAAUAUGAUAGGUGUGUCCACUUUUGCAGUUCUAAGAACAUAUGGAAUUGGCUAUGGAUAAUUCAUAUGAUUUCAAUCAACAAAGCUCAUGUAAUGGAAUUUCAUCUGAGAAGAAAAACAACUGCCUUGUAUCAGAAGAUCAUGGACAGAAAAUCUUAAGUAUACUACAGAAUUUUAGAGAACAAAAUAUCUUUUAUGAUUUCAAAAUAAUCAUGAAAGAUGAAAUAAUCCCAUGUCAUCGUUGUGUGUUAGCAGCAUGCAGUGACUUUUUCAGGGCUAUGUUUGAAGUAAACAUGAAAGAAAGAGAUGAUGGAAGUGUUACCAUUACAAAUUUAUCCUCCAAAGCAGUAAAAGCAUUUCUUGAUUAUGCCUAUACUGGAAAAACAAAAAUAACAGAUGAUAAUGUGGAAAUGUUCUUCCAGUUGUCAUCAUUUCUUCAAGUUUCCUUCCUAUCCAAAGCUUGCAGUGACUUUUUAAUAAAAAGCAUUAAUCUUGUCAAUUGUUUACAGUUAUUAUCUCUAUCAGAUAGCUAUGGCUCUACCAAUUUGUUUGAUCAUGCAUUAUACUUUGUACAACAUCACUUUUCUUUAUUAUUUAAAUCCAGUGAUUUCUUAGAGAUGAAUUUUGGCAUACUACAAAAAUGUCUGGAAUCAGAUGAAUUAAAUGUUCCUGAAGAAGAAACAGUAUUGAAGGUUGUCCUUAGUUGGACUAAACAUAACUUAGAAUCAAGGCAAAAAUAUCUGCCUCAUUUGAUUAAAAACGUAAGAUUACAUCAGUUAUCUGAGGAGACACUCCAGGACUGUCUGUUCAAUGAAGAGUGUUUACUCAAAAGUACAAAUUGUUUUGACAUAAUCAUGGAUGCACUUAAGUGUGUGCAAGGUUCUGGUGGACUUUUCCCUGAUGCUCGACCAUCCACAACUGAAAAAUAUAUAUUCAUUCACAAAACUGAGGAAAACGAAGAAAAUCAAUAUACAUUUUGCUAUAAUAUUAAAACUGAUUCGUGGAAAAUACUGCCGCAAUCACACCUGAUUGAUUUACCAGGAUCUAGUCUUUCUAGUUAUGGAGAGAAAAUAUUCUUGACAGGCGGUUGCAAAGGAAAGUGUUGUAGAACGGUUCGACUUCAUAUUGCUGAGUCAUAUCAUGACGCCACUGAUCAAACCUGGUGCUACUGUCCAGUCAAAAAUGAUUUCUUCUUGGUAUCAACUAUGAAAACUCCAAGAACCAUGCAUACAUCAGUUAUGGCUCUCAAUAGAUUAUUUGUCAUAGGUGGAAAAACUAAAGGAUCUCGGGACAUUAAAAGCCUCUUAGAUGUUGAAUCUUACAACCCUCUUUCCAAAGAAUGGAUAUCUGUUAGCCCAUUACCCAGAGGUAUAUACUAUCCAGAAGCAAGCACAUGCCAAAAUGUAAUUUACGUCCUUGGAUCAGAGGUAGAGAUUACAGAUGCUUUUAAUCCAUCGCUUGAUUGCUUUUUUAGAUACAAUGCUACAACUGAUCAGUGGUCUGAACUAGUUGCUGAGUUUGGGCAGUUUUUUCAUGCAACGCUAAUUAAAGCUGUCCCAGUAAACUGCACACUGUAUAUAUGUGACCUUUCCACCUAUAAGGUUUAUAGUUUUUGUCCAGAUACUUGUGUUUGGAAAGGUGAAGGAUCUUUCGAAUGUGCAGGUUUUAAUGCAGGCGCAAUUGGAAUUGAAGAUAAAAUUUAUAUAUUAGGUGGUGAUUAUGCACCAGAUGAAAUCACAGAUGAAGUACAGGUCUACCACAGCAGCAGGUCUGAGUGGGAAGAAGUUUCACCAAUGCCAAGAGCCUUAACUGAAUUUUACUGCCAGGUGAUUCAGUUUAAUAAAUAUAGAGACCCAUGGUUUUCUAAUCAUUUGUAAAAGUAGUAUAUACUUGGACAUCCUAAAACUAUUCCAGUUCUAGUAACCUACAGUAAAUUUGUUAACCAUGAUUGGUAAAAAGGUCUUUACAUCUUAAUAAAAUAAAUGUUCUUGCUAUCAGACAGUUACUAUGUAUGUACAUCAUAUAUGAGUAAACAUUUCUCCAAAACUUAAAGUACAAAAUACAUUUUAGCAAAAAUUAUACUGAAUAUAAUUUAAUAUUGAAGCCAGAAUAUUUAGUAUUUUCCAUGUAAAUAAAAGUCAUAGACUCUGACACUUUGAUUUUUGAAGUACUUUAUCCAUGAAAGAGUAGUAAAAACAAAGUUCACAGAUUUGUACUAUUUAUAGAGAGAAAUUUCUUGAGGGAGUACAAAUGAAUUAUUUGUACUCUCUAGGCAGUAAAAAAUAAACUAGAAGGAGGUGACAAUCUUGUUACUGCAGGGGGAAGAGUUGUUGAAUUCCUAUCAUUUGUGAUCAUUGGUUUCUUUCAGGCGCUUCUUUUACCCUUUUUUUGGUCAGAAAUUUCUCUAAUAUGCAGUCUAUUUCCUCAGCCUUCUAAACAGUACACUAAACAUAGUUUAACUUUUUUUAUGAUUCAUCUUUUCAUUAUGAGGAUAAUGUACCAUGUUAUAAUGCCAUCAGCAGUUACUUAAAUGGUUUUAAAAUUGUUGAUUAUAUUAGUUUUCAGUGUCAGUUGGUUUAAAUUUCUAGCAAUAUUAGCUCUCAUUUUCUAGCUCAAACUCAAUAAAUUAACAUUUUUGAUUUAGUUAGUAUUUCUAAGUUACGCCUGGCCUGAACUUAUCUUAACAUGUCACCCUUUGAAGUUCUUCGAUUCUGAGAUGGUAGCCCUAAAAUACUUUUUAUGUAUCAUUGCCAGGUUCCAACCUAAUUGAAAAUGUAGAAAAUUGAUCACUAGAUAAGUGGAUCAUUACUGUUGCAUUUCUUAAACUGUCCAAAUUUGAGCUACAAUGAGAAAUUUCAGGAUUGAAAUUAGUACCAUAUCAAUUUUAUGUGAUUAUGAAUACCAAGUAUAAAGCACCAUGUUGGUUUACUACUUAGGUAAAUUAUUCAUAGUGAAUUUACUUUCUAUAUUUAAAAAAAAUGACAAAACCUUUGGUAUCAUUAGUAAUAUUCACAAUGUGCAUCUGUUUAGAAGUUUAGUCCUUGUCCCAAACAAUGAAAGAGUAUUGGUCAUCACUGUUCUCAGCUAGAUGAUUCUGCCUUGCAAGAGCAGAUGUUUCUUUAAUCGCUAUUAAAGAUAAAGGCAUUUUAGGUUUUAAGACCCCUGAUUUACAUCUCAGGUAAUGUGUAUAUUGAAUUUCUGUGAAACCAAAUGUAGUUUUUUUACACUCAGUAGUAAAUGUUAAUCUGUUUUAAGUGUACAUAUUCUUUAAAAGUGUGUCCCUAAGUGUAAAAAUCACCUUAAUGUCCUUUUCUUUUACCAUAUACGUUUAGGCAAUCAUAAGUUUCAAGCAUAGUUUUCAAAUUGAACAGAAUAUCAGAGUACAUUUUCAUGCAGUUCCAAAAUCAAUGACUAUCCCUGAUUAGAUGACAAGUGCAUAGUAAGUAUUCUGUCAAAUUGGUGGCCUUCCUAUUUAAGCAUGUGAGUAGUUGGCUCUGCCCUUUUUUCUGUGUGUGUGUAAGAAAAAAUAAAAUUCCGUGGAGGCUUUUGUGUAUAUGUGACUUUGAAAACAAAUUAUUUAAGAAAGACCAUAUGCAGUGAGUGACUUGUGUGUAGAUUUACUGAACUGUUAAUUUAAGCAUAUAUAAAUAGAGUAUUAUUAAAAUAAAUAUCGUUUUAAUCACUGACCCUAGGAAUUGUUCAUCUCUUCUGGAAAGGAGAAACUAAAGCAAAAGCAAAUCCCUUCUGAAUGUUGUUAUUGUAUCAUCUUCAUGAUUUCCACAGUUGUUCUCAUUGGCCAUUGGCUAUGGUAAUGUUUCUAGAAAUAUCCUUGUUAUCAAGGCCUAGGUAGUUCCCUCUGCCAUUUGAUUUAGUAUAUUUUUUGUCUUAGUUUCUACAACUGCUGUGGGUUACUUUUUAAUCAUUUUCACUUAUUGCCAUCCCUUUAUAUCUGUACCUUUGUGCUCUUUAGUUAUCACUGCAAGAAAAAAAUACUCUGUGUAAUCAAAAAAACCCUAAAUUCUUCCAUUAUUUAGUGUUCUUUUUUCUGUUCACUAAAGAAAUCUGUGCUGGGUUUGGCUCCACUAACUGAUCUCUUCUCUAAUUUUGUAUCUCUUUGUUAAGGUAGCACUUUUACAAAUGAAUACUUAAAGGUAGAUCCAUUUGCCUCAUUGAAAAAAUGGUUCUGUGUCUUCAAAAUCCUCAAGGAAUGCAACCACACAGGGUAAAUGACUAAUUGAUUAUAUCCUUUGGUCUUGCCAAUCACUAUGGUUCCACCAUCUAACAACCAUAUAUAUUUUGGCCUCACCUCCAUUCUGCAUUUCUCACAUGCAAAUUUUAGUGAUCCCUCAAGUCUAUUCUCAGUACUUCCAGAAGGAGCUAUUUUUCCUGUCUGUAAGUUUAGGUAAGAGAAAAUAACAAUUCUUUAUGGUUUCUUAGUAUUUUGUUUCUUAAGUCUGUUUUCCUUUCAUUAUAUCCUUUAACCAGUGCUACAGUGAAAGAGACAAAAUAAUUGUACUCAUUAUCCAGAUUACUGUCAUUCCUGUAGAAAAAAUUCUAUUUAACAUUUCUAAAUCCAUUAUCAUUUGUCUUGCUCCACUACAUUUGGAUUAUGCAUGCAAAAAUAUUUUAAUAUUGUAAUGUCUUCUAAAAUUGAAAGUAGGUAUAUGGCAUUAUUAAAUAUAAAAAAGAUUAAGUUUAACAUAUGAGAUCAAUUCAAAGUUAAUGGGCAUUCCUAGAGCGAUCUUUAAACUUGAAUUAAAAUGUGGAACAACUUUUGUUCAUCUAUCGCCUUUGAGACUAAGUAGUAUGAGGAAUAUUUGCAUAAUCAAAAUGAACUACAUUCCCACACUACUCAACUCUGGUACUGAUAGUAAAAGAGGUCUUUAUCACAGCAAUAUUCAUUGCAUUCUACCCUUGAAAGCUAGAUUAUUAUUUGAGAGCAACCAUGUGCUGCAAUAUGAGUCCAUUUUUCCCCUGAUACCAAGAAGAGAAAUUAGAUGUAUGUUCAGUGUGCGUAGCUCAAGGCAUACCAUUUGAAAAUCAGAAUCAAGCAUAGAGGAAUAUAUCUGUUUACAUUUUGAGAUUUGAAAGCAAUAAAUAUUGUAAUGAUUAAGUAUGUAGUUGAAUAUAUAAUGUUACUUUAAGAUCAUCAUUCUCAGUUUAAUUGGAUCCAGUGUUCUGGAAACUCCUCUUAUAUUUAGAAUUGAAAGUUUAAGACUCAAAAAUGUUCUCCUCAGGGACAGCUCUGGAGGGCAACCUAAAAAGAAAGGCUGGAAUUCAUAAGGAAGCAGAUUUCUGUUUAGUGUAAGAAGAAACUUCACUUUAUAAAGUCAUACUUGAGAAUGAGACUAGUUAUCUGGCAUGUGGCAGAUCAUUAGCCCCAAAAUUUCCGACACAGAAGUGCAUGACCAAAGAUUUUUAUAUUCUAUUUACACAUCUCAAUGUCAAUAUUGUGUCUGAUAUAUGACCAGUUGCUUCCUCCUCCAACUUAUUUAGCAUUUUCGGCAUUCUGAGUAACUUGAUUUCAAUGUUCUGCACAUGCAAGCUUUUUCAAUAGGACUUGAGUCUUAAAACUACACCAUUUUGGAGCGUUUUCAUGAAGGGAAUUUUUUUUUUUUAAUCACUCAGGCAAAGUCUAUAAAUGCUGACAUUUAUAGUGAGCUGCUAAUUAGGAUUUUUUUCUUCUCUUUGCCAUAGCUACAUGUUUGUUUUAUAAUGAAUAGGAAUUGAAAGUUUUCUCCUGAAUCAUUAUGCUUAUUUCUCUGCCAAUGUAUUUAUAUAGCCAAGUGUGAUUUUGGCUAAAUAUUAUAUAAUGUGAAAGAAUAUCUUUAUAUCUUAAACAUCUAGAUGUGUUUAUAAAUUAUAUUUGGUGACUAUGAUGCUUAAUCAAAUUUAAUAUCAGAAUUUAAUCACAGGAUGAUACUAUUACACACUUAUCAAAGGAUAACUUUUCUUAAUCAUAGACUCAUUCAAAUUUGAAAAUAAACUUGGAAUCUAAUGCAACUUCCAACUUGGUGUAAAAGUCCCUCUAAAUUCUAAAACAUCCUUGACACAUAAUUUUUUUUCAAUUUUAAAUUCAGCGUGUUCAGGAGUAAAGAGUCACUAUUUCCACUUCCGCACAGUUCUAUUAGAAAGUUCUUUUUAACAUUGAAAACAACUCUGCCUCCCUGUGAUAACUUCUAGCCUUUGGUCCUAUUCAAGUGUUUGAAACACUACCAUGUCUGCCACUCAAAAACCAAGGGCCCAUUUCCCUUCUUGUUUAAAUGCUCAGCAUUUCAACAUCUCCCAUGAUGGCUGGGGUUACAUGCCUUCUCCCUGUACAGUUAUCUCAGAGAAUCUGUCCUAGCUCUAUUGCCAUUUUAGUGGAUUGAGUGUGACCAGCAUUGCAAAGUCUGUUCCACUUAUAGAUAGUGCCUCACUGCCCAUACUCGGUAUACUUGAUGCUUCAGACAUCUCAUUCCCUCACUUGACUCUCUAGCUCAUAUAAAUCCCAUCUGGGCUAGAGCCUUGCUGUGUCUCCCUCAUCCUACCCACCCCCAUCAACAUGAUCACAAACACAUAAUUUCUGGGAGAGAUAUUCUAAAGCCAAAUUCUAAUAAGUCAAUCAUUUGUCAUUGGAUAUUGUUUUCAGAAUUUAAAAAACACUUAUGAAAAAGACUCUAGAAAAUAUCCGAAAAAUAGAAACCAAAGCAGUCACAUCCUUUGUGGCUAACAAGAGGACAAUUUGCUCACAAAUCAAUACAGACUAGCCUUAUGGUAAUAACAAUUUAAAUUUGGAGAUGCAUUUGUGCUGUUAGUCCAGUUGAAUAGAUGAUGAUAUUUUCAUAAAACAAGGUCAUAAUUAAAUAACUCUAUGGGUCAGGUAGCUUUGUUCAUUUCAUUAACUUUGACAACAUUCCCAACCAUAAAGGUCUGACUAGUGCAAAAAAUUAUGUUGUUGGUCUCAAGGUGAUCACAAAAGGUGGUCUCAAGGUAGUCUCAAUGUUGUUGGUCUCAAAAUUAUGUUGUUGGUCUCAAGCUCAAAAAAUUAUGUUGUUGGUAACAAGGUUGCUGAAAUAACUCAGAGUACAGACCUCUAAAGAUAAGUAUCCCAUUGUAGCAUAAAUAUUUCUUUACAUGUCUGACUUCCUUAUUUAACUGGAAGCUCUUAGGGUUAGGAACACAUCUUCAUCAUUUCUAGGUCCAGCAAUUAGCACAGUGCCUGUCAUAUGAGGCAUCCAAUAAACUGAUAUGCUAUUAAGCCAAUAUGUGAAGUGAAAUAUAUUUAUUACAAUGUUGUUGUUACUAAAUGUGCUCAAUAUAUCUGUAUAUUUUGCAACUUAUUUUCAUGUACAAGGGCAAUUAUGUUAGGAUUUUACAUUUUAGAAUGCUACCACGUACUUUAGUUAUUAAUGUAUGUGUUAAUUCUUUUUGUAAUAUUUGAUAUUUUGCUUAUGUUCAAAGUCUGAGAAAAUUGGUUUAGUUAAUGCAACUGUGUUGUUUUUUUUUGAGUAUAAUAUAUGAAAAAGUUAAUCAAAAGCUUUUUAAUAAGGGUGAAAUUGCUUUUUACAGGGCAUUGCACACCUUUGGAGAGCAUGUAUAGUUGUGUAUGUAUAGUUGGUUCUUAAAGUGAAAUUAUAUAUUCAAAGUAAUUUAUCCACCUAAAUUUUUGGGCUUUGGGACUAUUUGUUUUCAGUGAAUUUUAAUUAUAAUAUCUAAUUCUGUGUUACCUUUCAAAGGCAAUAAUGGAUAAAACAAUGACUUCAUAUUUAAUCAGUACACAUGCAACCCCCAUUUCUCCUACAAAAGCAUAGCUUCGGUGACCUUUUUUACACUCAGGCAAGGGGAUAGGGCCCAUUGUAUAUGCAGGUAACUUAUUUCUAUGUUAGUGGAAUGUGGGCUUUUGCUAUAUGCUAUGAAAAAUAAAAUCAGCAUUUUGAGGUCCUGUUGACCAUAUUAACAUGUAGUAAAACAUUUCAAUUCUAUAAAAUAGUUAAUUUAUUAAAAUGUAUCAUAAAAUAUA